AUGGCUUAUCUUACUAAACUUGAGUUCGUUGCCCUUCAUAGUUCUCGCAGGAACUACCUUUCAUGGGUAUUGGAUGCUGAAAUCCAUUUGGAUGCUAUGGGUCUUGGAUACACCAUCAAAAUUGAAAAUAAAGCAUCAAAACAAGACUGUGCUAAAACAAUGAUAUUCUUACGUCAUCAUAUUGACGAAAUUUUAAAAAUUGAAUAUCUCACAGUCAAAGAUUCACUCGUUCUGUGGAAUAAUCUAAAAGAAAGGUAUGACCAUUUGAAGAUGUUCAUUCAUCCAAAGGCACGAUAUGAUUGGAUGAAUUUAAGACUACAAGACUUUAAGUCUAUUCAUGAGUACAAUUCUGCCAUGUUCAGAAUUACUUCUCGAUUGAAACUACGUGGAGAUACAGUUAAUGAUGUUGAUAUGCUGGAAUAA